AUGGAACCAGACACAAACGGUUUCUACGCAAUGCCUACCGCACCCCCAGCGAGGUCAUAUAGUCGGGAUCGAUCCCCAGCCGUCAUGAUGGCGCCUGCAAGGAGUACCUCUCGCCAGCGGCGAAAUACGGCUAGCUCUCAGGAACGACCAACUUCGCUAUACGUUCAUGAGGGAGCGAGGCAUAGAUCUUACCAUUUGACGGGACCGGCCCCUGGUGGGCCGUCUUAUCCUGCUGUUUCGCCUGGCUCUCGCGCAUAUAAUCCCGCAGCCCCGAUGGGUCGCUCAUUAUCAGUCAGCUACAAUACUCGGCCACCAGGCACGGUGCGGGCAGUUUCUACAGGUGGCGAUAAUAUACAAGUGGCCGGAUCAUCAAGGCGGAAUUCUAGCCAUAGCAGAUCAGCUAGUGGGGCUGCGGGAGCUGCUGGUAUUCAAUAUUACUAUGGGGGUAGUAGUAGGACGAGACCAGUUUCUUACUAUGGUGGUGGCAAUCAUCAGCACUGGGACGGUUCGGCUGGAUCUUACGGAUCCUACGAAUGGGACGAAUGGUCUCCGGCCCCAUCUCCUGCACCUGGCCAUUCACCGGUUGGAAGCUAUAGCCGUUCGCCAACCCGGCACCCUUAUGAAAUGCCACCUACAGCCCCACCGCCACCCAUCAACGCAUACAGACCGGAGGACGACAUUAAACGACUCGAACAAGCCCGGCUGGAGCUAGAGCACCUUAAGAUCCGGGAGGCCGAAGAGAGAGAAAGAGGGCGAACUGCAGAACGAAGGCUAAGAGAAAUAAGGACACAGGCAGACGCAGAUCCUAGGUUACGAGCCAAAGUAUCGGAAGCUGAAAAGCAGGCUGCAAUCGCUAUCGCACAGCAAGAAGAAUACGAACGAAAACUUGCCGAGGCCGAGGCUAGAGCUGCUCGACUAGAAAGGACUACGAGUCAAAGCAAGAAACCACAGGUUAUCCUACAGAACGGAAAGCCGUUGAAACCAGCACUCAAACAAACAGUAGCUGUUACUCAGAAUAAUACAGAGGCACCAGCGACUGCGACUAACCAAAACAUGUCGGAACAAGCGCCAAUGAACCCCCAGGACUACCAGGCUAAGAUCCCCAAGGAUUUGAUUUCCAGGGCAGCACUGGUAGAGAAAGGUCUUACCUACGAAGAGCAUAAAGACUACCUUUUAGUGAAGCGCUACCUUUCAAAGGAGGACAUCAAGGCCCUCCUUGACCGAACUGCAGAGAUUAGAAAACAAAGGGAGGCAGUCGAGCGAUACAGGGCAUCCCAGGCCGCUCAGCAGGCAAAGGUUCAAGAGGAUAAGGUCCGCCCCGCAGUGGCCAUGCACACCACUACGGAUAACAAAACCGUGCAGAUCGUCACGAUGCCCCAGAAGGAUGCACCACCAGCACCGCCUCCUCCUCCUCCACCAGCAAAGGAUCUAAGUCAAGAGUGGGAAGAAUGGAAGGCUGAGAAAAAGGCCCGUGAAGAGGCGCGGGCCGCUGAGGAAGCUGAGUGGGAGAAGAAGAUGAAGGCGAACUCGGAGAAGUUCAAGGUGCGUUUAAACCCGGUAUUGCUUAAAGGCUGA